UCUUUAUGUAUAGGAAAGUACAUGCAGCAGUCUCUUUCACCAGAACCUUAACCAUGGCUGCAAAACUAGUUAAUAGAAAAUGUUUACUGCUAAUUCAAGUUUUAGUUUCGUUUCUGUUUCUGGUCAUUGUUCCUGCUGCAUUUGCUUUACCACUAAAAAGGUUGAAAUCUCUGACAGUAAUCAAGGAAGUAAACCGCGAAGGGCCUUAUUUAGGUCUCCUCACAGUGUCUACAUCUGAAGACUCUGCUUUUUUUGCUACUGGGGCUUUUCAGCCUCACAAGACUCAUCCAAUUAUAGAUUUGUCAGGCCGAAGAUUCCGGGUGGGAAAGAUCCAUGAUAAGAAAGUCCUCUACGUGAGAUGCGGAGUUGGAAGGGUAAAUGCUGCUGCAGCAACACAACAAAUGCUGGACUUGUUUGACGUAAAGGGCAUAAUCCAUUUUGGAGUUUCUGGGAAUGUAAAUGAUUCUUUGUCCAUUGGAGAUGUCAUUGCCAAACAAUUUGGUCACACUGGCAUUUGGGACUGGCUGAACCUCAAUGGAACAUCGAACCUUGACCAUGUUGCUGAAUUGAAUGUUGCAAGCUACAAUGUACCAAAAGGUAAAGGAAAUUUGUUGGGACUUGUUGGAUAUGGUGAGGAGGAAUUCUACUCUGAGUUUGGGAAGCCUAAUAUAGCUCAGUUGCUGUUGUGGGUACAAGCAAGUAAGCAUUGGCUUCAACUUGCUGCCAACUUGAUGGGGAUGGAACUGAAACAAUGUGUGAAUUCAAGCUUGUGCCUCCCACGAAAGCCAAAGCUGGUAGUUGGGUUGAGGGGAGCAACAUCCAACACUUUUGUGGACAAUGCAGCUUACAGAAACUUUCUAGUUAGGACUUUUGGUGUUUCAUCCACAGAUAUGGAGAGUUCAGCUGUAGUUAUGACAACCUUGUCCAAUGGCUUCCCAGUGAUAGCAUUACGAGGGCUAUCAGACUUAGCUGGAAAACAAUCAGGGGAGAAUGCAUACACUAAAUUCGGAUCCCUUGCAGCAUUUAAUGCUGCCAAAGCUGUUGUUCAGUUUAUCAAGAUAUUACAAUGAUGUAAUUUCUCAAUUCUUGAGUUGUAAUAGUACGACUUGCAGCAACAAUUGAAUAACGUGGUUGGUGGAAAUUUUUCUCCAAACUCAUUUGAAAGUAAACUUUUU